AAUUGGACCAUAAGUAUACAAGUAACAAAUUAGGAAUCGCUUGUGCCUAAGGAUGAAAAGUUAAGGACCAUUUUGGUUAAGACCCUCAUGCUCUCUCCCCACCGAAAAGCUUAAAACCCAUCUCAAAAUCCCCUCGCCCAUUUAGCAAGACGGAAGACGAGCGAAGAAUAGCAAAACCCAAGAGAGAAGAAGAAGAAAGAUGAACACAGACAUUACCGCAUCGGCAAAGCCCGAAUACCCAGUUAUAGAUCGAAACCCUCCUUUCACUAAAACCGUUGCCAACUUCAACACUCUUGAUUACCUUCGCCUUACUACUAUCGCCGGCAUCUCUGUCACUGUCGGCUACCUCUCUGGAAUAAAGCCAGGGAUAAGGGGCCCAUCAAUGGUAACAGGAGGUUUAAUUGGGGUUAUGGGAGGAUUCAUGUACGCUUACCAGAAUUCAGCUGGAAGACUCAUGGGUUUUUUCCCCAAUGAAGGAGAGGUAGCUAAAUACAGGAAAUACUAAACUGUCUUUUUGUUUUGUUUUUGGAUUUUCUGGAUUUGUUUCUUGGUGGAGAAACCAUGUAAGAGGGGAGUUGCCCUUUCUGAUUUGAAUUUUUUUGAUGAAACUGAUUUCGAUGAAAUAAUCAGACUUUAGUUGCUGCCCUACUGUCACUUGCUUAUUGUAUUAUGAAUAAUUCUUCUUUUGGGUUGACUCUCUAAUUGGUUGCCUUUUCCAAAUA